GUCAGUGGAAAGUAUCAUUCAGGAUCCAAUCAUCCAGAAAGACACUUCUCAACUUAAGCAAAAUGAAAUUCGUAGUUUUGGCUCUUGCUCUCGUCGGCGCUGCUUCCGCUGGACUCAUCGCCCCAGCAGCCUACACCAGCUACUCUGCCCCAGUUGUAGCCGCUGGUCCAGUUGCUUAUUCAGCCCCUGCUAUUGCUGCUGCUCCACUUGCCUACUCUGCCCCAAUUGUUAAGCCAGUCGCCUAUGCUGCCCCAGCCGUUGCUGCUGCUCCAGUCGCCUACUCUGCCCCAGCUGUAGCUGCUGCUCCACUUGCUUACUCCGCUCCAGCUGUUGCUGCUCCAAUCGCCACUGGCUUCCAUGCCGGAUACGUCGCCCCAGCUGUCGACUACUGGAAGAAGAAGGCUGCACUUCUCAACUUAAGCAAAAUGAAAUUCGUAGUUUUGGCUCUUGCUUUCAUUGGCGCUGCCUCCGCUGGAUACGUCGCCCCAGCCUACACUGGAUACUCUGGCCCAAUUGUAGGUGCUGCGGUAGCUGCUACUCCAGUUACUUAUUCAGCUCCUGCCGUUUCUGCUGCUCCAGUUGCUUACUCUGCUCCAGUUGUUAAGCCAGUUGCCUACUCUGCCCCAGCUUUUGCUGCUGCUCCAGUCGCCUACUCUGCUCCAGUUGUUAAGCCAGUUGCCUAUGCUGCUCCAGCUGUCGCCGCUCCAAUUGCUACUGGCUUCCAUGCUGGGACCUGUUCAUCCCGAAAGACACUUCUCAACUUAAGCAAAAUGAAAUUCGUAGUUUUGGCUCUUGCUUUCAUUGGCGCUGUCUCCGCUGGAUACGUCGCCCCAGCCUACACUGGAUACUCUGGUCCAAUUGUAGGUGCUGCGGUAGCUGCUACUCCAGUUACUUAUUCAGCUCCUGCCGUUGCUGCUGCUCCAGUUGCUUACUCUGCUCCAGUUGUUAAGCCAGUUGCAUACUCUGCCCCAGCCAUUGCUGCUGCUCCAGUCGCCUACUCUGCUCCAGUAGUUAAGCCAGUUGCCUAUGCCGCUCCAGCUGUCGCUGCUCCAAUUGCUACUGGCUUCCAUGCUGGAUACGCCGCCCCAGCUGUUGCUGCUCCAAUUGCCACAGGCUUCCACGCAGGAUAUGUUGCCCCAGCUGUCGACUACUGGAAGAAGAAGGCUGCUGCUUAAGUUGUGAACUGUUUUCGAAGGACUGAUUUAAAGGCAAAAUAAACAACUUGAUUGACUGAA